AUGCCGGGACUUCAGAAGAUUCUGGACGGAGUGAUCCGAUUCCGGCAGACGGUCCGCAAGGAUCUUGUCAAACAAUUCGAACACAUUCGCGACAAUCCUCAUCCGACCGCCGUCUUUUUCACGUGCAUGGACUCGAGAAUGCUUCCCGCUAGGUACCGCCCAUUUUUGGAUUGCUAAAUAACUCGAAAAUUUGUUCAGAAUCACGACAAGCCAAGUGGGAGACAUGUUCGUCGUGCGAAACUCGGGAAACAUGAUCCCGCACGCGAAUAAUUAUGGUAAUUUGGAAACAUAUUCUUUUGAAAAAUUGACGGUUUCCGUUGAAAAUAUUGCGUUGAAAUUUGAAUCCAUCUAAUUUUACAGGCCCGUCGGGGUACGAAGUGUCGGUGACGACGGAGCCGGCGGCUCUUGAGUUGGCGGUGAAACGUGGCAAGAUCAACCACGUGAUCGUGUGCGGACACUCGGACUGCAAGGCCAUAAACACGCUGUACAACCUGCACAAGUGCCCGAAAUCGUUCGAUCCGGAGUCGCCGAUGGACCACUGGUUGCGGCGGCACGGCUUCAACUCCAUCAAGAAGUUGGAGAAGCGGCUCGCCGACGAGAAGGCCGGGCCCAUCGAAUUCGUCUCCGAUAAUCCGCUUUUUACGUACGAUUUUUCUAAUUUUUUAGUCAAAAAACAAGCCUUUUAUAUACGAGAAAGAACUUCUAAAGAUUCUAUUUUCCUCUUUUUCUUUGCAGUUUCUCGGCCGUAAUCGAUCCGGAAAAUAAGCUGAACGUGGAGGAUAAACUCUCCCAAAUCAACACUCUUCAGCAGUUGGAAAAUGUGGCCAGUCACGGAUUCUUAAAGGUAAAAUAUAAGGAUUUAAAAAAUAACGAGACAACUCGUACUUUUAGGAGUUUCUGGUGUCGCAGACCGUCGAUCUUCACGCCAUGUGGUUCGAUAUUUACACUGGUAGUUUAAAUUUCAAAUUCGGUUUGAAUCUUUUCAAUUUUUCCAUUUUUGCAGGCGAAAUGCACAUGUUCAGCAAGCCGAACCGCAAAUUCGUUCUCGUGGACGAGUCAACCGUCGACGGACUGAUCGAAGAAGUCGAAAAACAUCAGACAUGA